CUCUGUACCUGGGCUAUGUGUUGACUGUAAAUGUUUGUGUGUGAGAGGCCACACUUCUGUUAAUCAUCGGCUCCACUUCCUGCUCUGUCUGCGCUCUACUACUCUCCAACACUUAAAGGGCAGCUCAUACACAGCCACGGCCCAUCUACCUGUGUCAACAUCCACUUCAUGUUGUGCAAUGCCUCAGCUCUACAGGUGUUGGAUUAUUUAAGACAUGUUUUUCUAAUAUAAAGUGUUGCCAUGGCGCCCAGUCCAGUAAAGAACCCUGUAAUGUGGGUCUGUCCCUCAGAGGCUCUUCCAUUAUUGCUCAAGCCCCCUGCUGCCUGGAAAGCAGGAGCAGAAGAAGGGGAAGUUCUGGAUGACGCUACAUGCUAGUGAUGCUAACCUGUGAGCUUUCCUCUGCAGGGGACGUCCUGUACGAGCUGCUGCAGCACAUCCUGAAGCAGAGGAAGCCCCACGUCUUCUACCCCUCCGCAUACUUCCCCGGGAACUCCUUCCACUCGCUGCCGGAGGGCGCCUCGCAGCACCUCAAGCUGGAAGACACGGUACGACGGGCGCCUCGUGGCUCAGAGCCCCUCCCCCAGCACCCCCCGACCAUCGAGCUGCGCCACCGCGCACGCUCCCCCCACCUUCAGACUCCCAGGCGGUCCCCUCCGGAGCCCCACCCCCCCCGCACAGCCACAGAUGACCACCUGCAGACCUUCUCUCAGCUGCCCGACAGCAACCACCACCCCCAGGAGGAGAUGUACCCCCUGUCAGUGUCCCCCGCUGCCCCCAACGGCCGCUGCCUCACGCCCCGAGACCCCUGCCCAGGCAGCCCCGGGGGCCAGGAGGCGGGCCCUCCUCGCGUCAUCCAGCUCAUUCCCAGCACCAUCAUGAACCCCCUGCUGCUCAGCCCCAGCAGGAGCGGCGGGGGGGCCGCCAUGGACUUCAGGCACAACCGCGGACCCUCGUCUCAUGCGGCGCUGGAGAACGGGCGGGAGCUGAAGGGGCACAGCAUUCACCCUCAGAUGUCUCUGUCCCAGCAGCAGCUCCUGCAGGAGGAGGCACUCUACAGGAACCACGUCAUCAUGCCCGUGUCCCCCCCCGAGGAGCAGCAGAUCCCCAUUGGACGCAUCGCAGACUGCAGGCUGCUGUGGGACUACGUCUACCAGCUCCUGUCAAACAGCCGGUACGAGAACUACAUCCGCUGGGAGGACACGGAGAGCAAGGUGUUCCGCAUCAUGGACCCCAACGGCCUUGCCAGGCUGUGGGGGAACCACAAGAACAGGACCAACAUGACGUACGAGAAGAUGUCGCGAGCACUGAGACACUACUACAAACUGAACAUCAUCAGGAAAGAGCCCGGACAAAGACUUCUGUUCAGGUUCAUGAAGACCCCCGAUGAGAUCAUGAACGGACAGACGGAGCGGCUGGAGAACCUGGAGUCAGACACAGACGAACAAAUCUACAUCAAAGAGGAGUGCUGAGGAACUCUGGGAAAUGGAGUUUAUGAACUUUUUACUACUACAGCCGCUGAUGCCUUUCAGAAGCAGCGUGAACAAUCGCCGCUGCACCUGCAGCGCGUGGAGGCUCGCUCUAUCAGUCACACUCAGAAAGACUCAACUGUUUCUCUUCAUUGCCUUAGGAGAAUAUUUUACAGAGUUGAUAAAUAAAAGGGCAUCAUGUGUUGUGAUUUCCUUAUGGACAGAGCUGAGAGACUCUCUACGUGUUCCCCUUUAUUUCCAAAUGAACUGCAAAAGCCAAUCACUCUGAGCUUCUGUCACUUUGAUGAUUUUAAUGUCUCCUCACCUGCAUUAUAAAGGAAUUGUUGCUGUUUGUAAAAAGACAAUUGGGUGUGUGCGUGUGUGACAGGAAUGUUUUCACAAUGGAAUAAACAUUUUUGAUUAAACUAUGU